AGAGGUCCAAUAGUCAUCACGACUGAUCCAAUAAUUUUAAUAUGUCCACACACACAUUAAUGAUUUUGAAAAUUUGACAAAGUUCAAUAUAAUCUUAAAUGGGAUGGAAAGACAAAUUUCCACUUUAUAGUUGUCAUUAAUAUUAUGUAGUUAUAGUCUGUGCCUGGAUCGAGCUCUAUUCAUGGAUUACUUGAUGCCGCUACUUGCCCUGCUUUUAUUGCUUCUGUCUACCACCCCAAGUAUCGCCGCUAAGAAGCGGCCGCCGUGCGAUUUCCCGGCGAUAUUCAACUUUGGUGACUCGAAUUCCGACACCGGCGGCCUGUCAGCAGCUUUUGGUCAGGCAGGGCCGCCGCAUGGACAGACGUUUUUCCAUCAUCCUGCCGGAAGAUACUGUGAUGGCCGUUUGAAGAUUGAUUUUAUAGCUGAGAGGUUAGGGAUACCUUAUCUAAGUGCAUUUCUGGACGCAUUGGGGUCAAACUUCACGCACGGGGCCAACUUCGCGACGGCGGGUUCGACCAUCCGACCUCAAAAUACAACCCUGCAUCAAAGCGGUUUCAGCCCUUUCUCCUUGAAUGUGCAGUUUAAUCAGUUCAGCGACUUCCAUCGCCGCUGGCCUCAGACCAUUAAACUCCACAACAACAGCGCCGUGGCUGAUGUAUUCUCCAGAGCUCUGUACACAUUUGAUAUUGGACAGAAUGAUUUAACGGCAGGCUACUUCCUGAACAUGUCAACAGAUCAAGUAAGAGAUUAUGUUCCUGAUGUAGUGGAUCAGUUUUCGUCCAUGGUGAAGAGUGUGUAUGAUGAUCAAGGGGGGAGACACUUCUGGAUACAUAAUACGGGUCCGGUGGGUUGCCUUCCGUAUGUGUUGGUAAGAGCGGGGGAGGUCGACCAGUGGGGAUGCGCGGCUGCUUUCAACGAGGUGGCCAAGUAUUUCAACAGCAGGCUGUGGCAUGCCGUGGUCCAGCUGAGGAAGGAUCUCCCACUGGCUACCCUCACCUAUGUUGAUGUUUAUUCUGUCAUGUAUCACCUCAUCACUCAUCCCACCCAACACGGGUUUGUGCACCCACUGGAGGCUUGUUGUGGAGAUGGGGGGAAAUACAAUUACAAGAGGGAAAUAGGAUGCGGAGGGAAGAUGAAGUUAGCGAAUGGGACGGAAGUGUUGGUGGGAAAAGCAUGCACAGACGCAUCAAAUAGGAUCAACUGGGACGGCGUGCAUUACACAGAGGCUGCUAACAAGUGGGUUUUCGACAAAAUCGUUGACGGAGCCUAUUCUCAUCCUCCCACCCCCCUCACAAUGGCAUGCCACACCCAUUAGCAUGCAUAAUCGAUCAUUAGUUUUGUUGUUGUACUUUCUCACAUGUUAUAGUUAGUAUCUACAUGCCAACACGUUUGACCUACCUUCUUCCUGAAAGUGUCAUGACAUCCAACCAUAAGGUGUGCUUGACAUGAUUGAUCAGUAGCUAGUUUAAUUAAAAUUAAAAUGAUUUCUUUCCUUCUUAGUUCUGCCAGCUUAAAACUCGGUUUGUUUAUUCUCUCUCAUUGUACCAUGAAGUCUAUAUUUACUUUUGAUGUGUCUUGUUUUUCCGAUUUUGUGAUGGGGUGGGGG